UCAUUCCCACAACAACAACAACAGUUCGCUGCUCCGCUGUUUCGCGAAUGUUGUCGCUGUGACGAUGUCAAUUUUGGUGAACAAAGAAUUAACGAUGGACAUUCCCGUGACGCAGCUGCCUCCGGGGGACCCUCGCCUGGUGGAGGCCAUCGUGGGGCAGCUCAAAUCGAAAGGAAUAUUCGACCAGUUCCGAAAAGAGUGCCUGGCCGAUGUCGACACCAAGCCAGCUUUUCAGAAUCUUCGCCAGCGAGUUGAAGGUCAAGUCAAUAAAUUCCUGGAGAAGAAAAUUUGGAAAAAUGACCUCAACAAAAACCAGUUGCGAGAUGGUGUUCGUAAACAUGUUAAUAAUUUGGGGAUCCUGGACAGUGGUAUUGAUGCCAUCAUAACACAGGUUGUGAAUCCCAAAAUAAAGCCCCUUAUUUUGCCGUAUGUUGAGGACACUGUCUAUGCCUUCUUGCAGAUUGAUAAACCUAAGAGAGAAAGGAAAACUUCAGAGCCUCACGUUAGCCCACUGCUUCUUGAUGAGGAACCACAGCCAACACUUCUUGAACCCAUUGAUGUGAAAAAGCCAAGCCUGCUUCCAAUGGAAACUGAUGUCAUAUCUUCUGAAGAGGAUGAUAUACUUGCAAGAGAGUCACCUGAUGGAGAUUCAAAGUCAUCUUGUAGCUCAGAAGCUGAGGAAGUAAAAACUAUGGAUGAAAAUGCACAGGAUGGUUUUGAGAAUUGUCCUCCUUGUCCAGAGGAAAGCCCAGAUGCCAUAGCAGCAAAUGUUGAGCGUCUUCAAUUGAGUGAAGAUGACAGCAAGUCUGUACAAGCUACAAAACCACCCCUUCCAUUGUUUGAUGAUCAGUCUCUUGACAGUAUAUCAUCCAAUUCUUCAGGGCUUACGUUUUCUCCUCUCACUGUUAAAGGAUCUCCUGAGAGCAAAAAGUCUGAUGAUGCAGGGAAAGGCGAUGGAAGUCCAAGAGCAGAGAUGAGAUCUGCAACAUCCACUCCUCUUGUAGAUGAAAAACCUGUCGAUGAGAGCUCACAGUCCUCAGUGGGAUCCAAUCAUGCUAAGGAGUACGUGGCUUCAGAAAAACAUCAGGGUGAUAGUGUGCCACCUGAGGACCGUGAAACAUCCACUCCAUCCCUGUCAGCAUUGCAGCCAAGUGCAAGAUCGGGUAAAGAAGGAACCAGUUUAAUGAGCUUUGACGAAGAAGAUUCUCUUGAGAGCAAAGGGUCAUCUAAAGCCAGUCUGGUAUCUGGGAAGUCAGAAAUUGAAGAAAAGAUAAAAUCAGACAAGUCUGAAGGUGAAAUAACCUCCUCAAGCUCAGACUUUAGUGAUGGAGAUGUUAAAGGAAAACAGGACCACAUUUCUGGUGAGGGAAAACUGAUUUUAGAUCAUGAUUCAUCGCAUAGGUCAAGUAAGAGUAAGAGUGAUCACAAAAAACGACGGGAUUCACACAGUCGUGACCGAGAUCGUGAGAGAGAGAAAGAGAAGGAGUCAAGGCACCAUAGAGAUAAGGAAAGAAAGCACUCAAAGUCUCGAGAUGAUCACCAUUCUCACAGAGACAAGGACAAGAAACAUCAUCGAAGGGAUAAAGAUCACGAUGGAGAUAGAGAUCGGUCCCGAAGCCAUCACCAUCAGUCAUCAAGUUCUUCUUCCCACAAGGAUAGCUCAGGAACGAAAGACAAGGAUCGUUCCAGCUAUCACUCCGGAGGAAAAUCUUCAGAAGGCAAGAGUAGGAGCAGUCAUUCAAGUGAUAAGUCAAGUGAUAAGUCAGACAGAUCCAGCAGUAAGACAAGGAAAUCAGAUGAAAAAAUGGAUGGGAAGUCUCACCGGAAAGAUGAGAAACAUUCUCAUAGUUCUAGUAAGAAGUCUGAUGAAAGAUCAGAUAAAAGAUUAGAAAAGGUUGAUAAGAAAUCUGAGAAAAAGGAAUGCUCAGUGGAAAGACAGAAGGUAAAAGGAGAGGGUAAAUCUGAAGGAAAGAAAGAAAAAGCAAAGGAGAAAGGGGAGAGUUCAUCCAGGUCAGGAAGUGAGUCCUCAUUAAAGGAAAAUCGUGAAAAUACCAUCGACAAAGACUUAAAAAAGCACAGGAGGCGUCAUGAUAGUACCACCACUGAUGUGAAUUCUGGUGAUGAUGAGAGGGCAGAUAGAAAUGAUAAGUCGUGCUCUAACAAUAGUAAGAAGAAUGGGGUUUGUGAAAAUUUAGAUGAGAAUUGCACCAUUGAUCCUCAUAUGCUUGGGCUGACGGGUGACAACAUCAUAGUGGCUGAUGAUGAAGGCAAUUUUAUGCUACUGACAUAUGACACUGAUACAGACUCCAUGGCAUCUGAGAACCAUGUAACAACAAAAGCAGAUGAUGACUCCAUGUCAGAGACUGCUACAGGCUCUGUGGAUGAAGACAGUGUCAAUUAUUUCGAGGGAUUUGAGAAUGCAAAGCCCAAAACAAAGCUUACAGAUUAUCUCUUGAAUUCUGUGGUUAUCCCUGAUGAGAUGGAUAUGGAAUGUAAUGAGUGGUUCGAUGAAUCUGAUUUACACUUGACAAUCUAUGAAAAUGCGUGGGAUGGAAAAGUACCACUGAAUGAUUUCCUUAGUUGCAUGCAUCGUUUGGGUGCUGUUAUCAGGAAUGAUAAAGGUGAAGUUGAGGACCACAGCAGAAGUGGCCCAACGUACAUGCCAGUGCCUGAUAUAAAGGAAAACAAUAAUAUUCAACCUAUUGGUAAGAAGAGAAGAAUAUCCAACUCGAGUUCCAUAUCAUCUAGCAGUAGUUCUACGGGUUCCCCCAAGCACAAACGUUUCAGGCGAGAGAGUUCUACAACUAGUGACACAAGCCAGACUUUGGAACAGGGUGCUGUUAUUGUGAGUGGAUAUGCUCUUCUGACUCCAGAAGAUGAUGGAAAUAGAUCAAUGAGCAGAGAAUAUGAUUUAGACUACAGUCAGAAAAUUGCAAAUUACAGCCCACUUUCCCCUGCAAGCGAUUCUUCAGCUGAUGAGGGGAAGUUGAAGACCAGAGGUGCUGUAGUGGAUUCCAGCAACAACAUUGUUAAGCCCACAUCAAAAAUCAACCAGAAAACAGAUACAUCGUGGCCUAGUAAAGAGGCUAAAUUUUCUGCCUAGGAAGCUGAUUCCUUGCUGGAAUUUUCAUUGUCAAGAAUGUUUUAUAUUCUGAUGUAUGUCUGAUAUGAGUUACUUGUAUGUGAGAGUAAGGAAAUAAUAUAUUAGGUAUGUAUGGUACAGUUUAGAAUUUUUUAUAUUUGUACAUUACCUUGGAUUUGUUAAUUGAUGUAUUUAUUUAGCAUAGUGUUGUGUAGUUUGAUGGCUCUUGUCACCAGUUUGUUUCGAUAGUUAAUUUGAUUUGGAGCUGACAUAUUAAACUGGAAAUGAUGUAACAGCUUCCAGUAAGUGGGUAAGUUUGUACUACUUCAGUAUGUACAGUGCAGUGUUGAAAAGUGGUAAGAUGUGCCUAUUAACUUGAAUACAAAGACAGUAUAUCACAUUUUAUUUGAUAUAUCAAACCUUGUGGAAUUAUUCUUGCAUUUUGACAUUUCAAAAUCCAAAAAUUUGUGCUUUUCAUUUCUCAUUGUUUUUCGUUAUUUUUUGGGAGCACUUGUCUUUUGUGAUUUAGAAUUUGGAAUUAUUUAAUUUGCAAUGUACAUAUAUUUGCUGCUGGUUGUAAGUUAUUAUGAAUAUAUGGUGACAAUUAGAAAUCAGAAAACUUAAUUGUAAGUUGCAUUUUUCCUUACUCUUGAUGUUAUUCCUUAUUUCUAAGGAAUUGCUGCCAUUUCCUUUGUAUAUAUGCUGCUUAGUAUACUAAAAGAAAACCAAAGCUGAUCUGAUGUAACCCUAAGAAAAAUGGUACCCAAGUUAUUUUGUGAAGGUGUACAAAAAGUGGUCAUGUCACUUUUGUGUGGUGAUGCACCUACAAUCUUGUUAUUAAUUUUCAGGAGCUUGAGAAAUGAUUGCUGAAGAUAGUACUGUAUUGCCUCAUUUUCCAGUAAACUCUGAUUGUUCUCUUACUCUUUAAGUUAAUAGAUGAAAAACUUUCUUCCUUAUGGAGGAAGGUUUUCCUAGGAACUAGUAGUUUUUGAACAAAAUUUCCAUCUCGAUUUGUAAUGUCCUUUUUGAGAUAAGCUUGUCUGUUUAGUACCGGUAACUGUAAUGCAGAAAUUGUGACCAUUGUCCAUUUCUGAUCAUGCAUUUUGACACAGUGUUUUUGUUAUAAAGGGAGCAGAUGAAUUAUUGUUCUGUCAUUAAGUUUGACAAGAGAAAAUGUUCUGCAUGGCUCAGGUACAUCUAAUCGAUUAUGACUUAAAUUCUUAUAUUUUGUGCUCAAAUCUUGCUUCAUUUAUGUAAGACUCCAGUUCCCUUUCAGUUCUUAUAGUUUCAUCCAAAUGAAAGUCACAUUACAAAGGAAGCCCAAAAAUUCCAAAUGAAGAACAUUUUCUACACAAUAGCCAGUGGGUGAUGGCAUAGAUAUUUCAUAGGCAUGUUUACUUAAAAUCUCUUUGCCCGUGUAUAAACUUGGACUGCCAGAGACGCAUGCCUUCAUUUGCAUUCAUUAUGCAAAAAAUAUGAUCCACAUUUAUGAAAACUUAAGUUUCCUUUUAUUGGGAGAUAUAGGUCCCUUUUUAGAAUUUAAGCAUAAUUAUCCCUUCUUCAUUAUUCACUCAUUUAUAUUGGUAAGGUGGUGUCUAUAGUAGAUUUAGGAUUGAACAUUUUGUUUUCAUAGCUCCUCAUCAGAUUUACUGGUACUCAUAUUCCUAAUAAUAAUUUUGAGUGGAGGUAAGAAAUAAAACUUUGUAUUUUAAGUA